UGAUAAUAAAAUUCUAAGUAAUCGUUGUGGAGUCAAUACAAAAUACAUCAAUCAUUAACCAUCUCUACUCAUCUGCUAUUCUUACCGAUACAGUCAAUUACUUCAAAUCGUGUUCAUGUCUAUGCCUGGAAGUUGGAAGAGAAUUCGGAAUUCAGAUGUUCCAAUUUUCUUCCACAUGUAUUGUGUAUAAUAAUAUACAUAAUUUACGUUAAAAUCUCUGUUUAACUUUGGAUUAUAUAAUAAUCCGCGUUUCUCAGUAAAGUACGAAAUAGAAAAAGAACAAAUUUAUCUGAAAUUGAGAAAUUUCAAAUAUAUCUGCCAUAACAGAACAAUCAUGGGCAACGCUCUUACCACCGCAUCUGUGUCAGCUGCUGAUGUGAUAGUACCGGUAUCUCAACAAAUUAUUAAGCCAGAAUCCCAUAGAACGAAACAAUAUCGAGAUGAACCACCACCAGAAUGUCCCAUGCACAAAUCAGGUCAAUUAAACACUAUCAAUUAUGUUAGCGAAUGUCCAAUAGACAAAAUGGAUGAAAGCGAAAUAAAUCCAUUAAACAUGAUGCCACCAGCAAAUCAGCAACCCGCACCAGACCAGCCAUUUCUUUUACCAACUGAUAGACAAGUUUCAUCAAUACCCAAAGCGACAGGGGAGGGAGAAUUUUGGGUAUACCCCUCUCAACAGAUGUUUUGGAAUGCUAUGUUAAGAAAGGGAUGGCGAUGGAAGAAUGAUGAUAUAUCUACAAAAGAUAUGGAUGACAUAAUAAAAAUUCACAAUGCUAACAAUGAACAGGCAUGGCAAGAGGUUCUUAAAUGGGAAGCUCUUCACGCACGAGAGUGUGGUAACCCGAAAUUGCGUAGUUUUGGUGGAAAAGCAUCGAAAUACUCUCCACGUGCGCGUAUUCGCCAUUGGAUGGGAUAUGAAUUGCCGUUCGAUCGACAUGACUGGAUUAUAGAUCGUUGUGGUAAAAACGUAAGAUAUAUUAUCGAUUAUUAUGAUGGCGGUAAAGUUGACGAAAAGUACACGUUUGCAUUACUUGAUGUGAGACCUGCGAUGGACUCAUGGGAAAAUAUCUGGGAUCGAAUGAAAGUGGCGUGGUGGCGUUGGAGGUAUCGAACCAAUGAUGAAUCAAUAUCUACUAUCUCUGGCAUUAAUUUAUAAAUUAGCGCUAAUAUAAGAUACACUAGUCUGAGAAACUUUUAUUGAAAUGAUAAUUAAUGCUUAAUGAUUAUGUAAUAUAACAAUCUUGCAUUGAGAGAUUAUUAUAUGUGUACAAUAGUUUUAAAAAAAUAUCAUAAAUAUAAAUUUAUGAUAUAUAAUUUG